AUGAAGUGGACACCAAUUUUGAUUGACUGGGAAACCAGUGAUAGAAGUCAAUUGGAUUACACUCAAGACACCUUCCAGUCAGUAACCGCAUCAGCAAACACAGAAGGUGUUUUUGCCGGAGAAGCCGGCCCUGGCACGAGUGCCGAAAUAGAUUCGGUAGAGAGGUUAGUGAUUUUCGGCAAAUUGAUCUCUUCAGCUCAUAAAGAGUGCGUGGAGAUAGAAACUGACCUUAAACUAGUCCCAGAAUACUCCAACUUUGAGCACUAUUUAGCAUAUAAAUACAAAGCUUCCACUUCUGGUAAUCACUGCUAUUGCCCUCGCUGUCUCGGGUAUUUGGAAAUGGCCCACUUUAACGUUGUCAAGACUCGGAAUAUAUUGUAUCGCAAGCUUGUUACUUUAGCCAAGAACAAUUUGAAGUAUCGCGAGAGAUAUUCAACACUGUACCACCAACUCACAGGCUUCAGUGUCAAAUUUUCGGAUAUGACUUUUGAUUUACCAAUCAUUGAUAAUUCUUGCUACGAUUACCAGCGUCCUAGCCCUCUGGUAAUGGGAAUCUGCCACUUCCGUCGUUGUUAUGAAAACCUGGAAGCUUGCCAUGUCAAAAUUGUUGAGGCUAAAGAUACUUUACGUCAACAAAUCAAUACCAUGACUGUCAUGAAUGAAGACUUACUUGAUAAAUGCGAUCGGCUGUUUGCGAUUAUGCAAGAGAAGCUUUCGGCCAAUUCAGAAGCAUUCGAUAAACAGUACAAAUACGAUCCUGAGGAGUCUUGCCCCUGUCAUCACAACUGCAGCGACUGCAAAGAGAUGAUAGAAGGACAAAUCGAGGUGCUCAGCCGAGAAAGAUCCGAAUACAAUAUUGAGUGCAGAAACACGAUGAAAGAAUACACAGAGCUCGAUGAAAAAUACAAGGCUCUAAUUCUUCGGGCUACGAACUCUUCAAGAUUCGAAAUCUCUCGUGGUACGAACGAUGAUGUUUACGAGCAGUAUGAUGAUUACGUUCAUCUCAGAGUUGAACCAGAUGAAUAUCUCGCGGAGGAAUACGGAGACUUCCUUCCUCACUCAGACGAAAAUUCGAAUACACCUCGCGAUCGUUGUGGUUCGUGUUCUUACUGUGCUCUCGAGCUGAAACUCAUCAAUUCUGCCAAAGUCAUCCCCAUUUUUCGUGCAUUAUUCGACUUCGAUCAGGAAUACAGCGAUUUACUCGAGGAGUAUUCAAAUUUCCGGAAUAGACUCAUAGGAGAUUGGUAG